AUGAUCUUGGCCCAUUUGAAAUCGAUUGAAACCCACAUCAACAUCAUUGCGCAUAUCCUUUUGAAGUUCGGCAAACAAAUACAGCGAAGACAACUAGAUCUCCCCGAAUAUGCGGCGAGUUUUGUAAAUUAUAAGGCUUUGAAGAAGCUCAUCAAGCAAUUGAGUGCUACACCGACAAUCCCAGCACAAACCACUGCGGAUACAUCCCAAAAUGCAGCCGAUACGCAAUCAGCCCUGCGUGCAAAUAAAGAAGUUUUCUUUUUCAAGCUGGAACGUGAGAUAGAAAAGGUCAAUGCCUUUUAUCUACAGAAAGAAGCCGAGUUCUCUCUCCGUUUAAAGACUUUAGUCGAUAAGAAAAGGGUGAUCCAGUCCCGGACAGUGACUAACUCCAAGGCGCCGGCAAAUUUCGUGGCCUUAUUUGAGGGGCUUCAACAGUUUGAUGGCGAUCUAAACAAGCUUCAACAAUUUGUCGAAAUCAACGAAACCGCUGUGUCCAAAAUAUUAAAAAAGUGGGAUAAAACCUCAAAGUCCCGCAUGAAGGAACUAUAUCUUCAACGAGCAGUCGAGGUACAGCCGUGCUUCAAUAGAGAUGUUUUACGUGAUUUGUCUGACCGGGCAACAACAGCCCGGUUGGAGCUUGAGGCUUGGGCAGAAGGAGAGAAUAUACAAUUUGAUGUUUCUCGCCCGAUCGACCGAGCUGCGGCCAUUCAAUCUUUUGGCACAGAUGAAGACGAGCUUGACUUACAGAUCUUGCAGUCCGCCACUGCAGGCAAUCUCCAAACCCUGCGCGAGUGGACCGCAAAGCUGCAGUCAGUCCCGGACGCUCGGGAGCGCGCGACACGCACUUUUUUGGCAGCUAUCAAUGAAUUUUCCGACGAGGUUCUUACCGCCCUUCUAGAAAGUGGCCUAGUUGAUAUCCAUGCUGAGGAUGAUAUUAACGAACGAAAUUGUCUGCAUGAGGCCGCCAUCUCUGGGCGAGACUUAGUCUUCAAAGCUGGUAUUACAGCAGGAAUUGACAUCUCGAGUUCAGAUGUCUAUGGGAGAAUCCCACUCCACUAUGCUUGUAUGCAUGGUCGUGUGGAGAUGGUGCUAGAGUUGCUGGCCGCUGGUCCCCAAACCGUCAAUCGGAUGGACCAUGAUAAUUUCACACCACUAAUCCACAGCAUUGUAAAGAAUCAACUGGCAUGUGCUGAGCAACUUCUUAACAACAACGCCCGCAUCAAUCCUGCUUCCGAGUCUGACCAUAUCCCGCUAAAUUUGGCGUGUCAGCAUGGCUCGUUGGAAGUUGUGAAAAUGCUUCUUGAGCGGAAUGCCCAACUACUACCAGACGCCGAGGGCCUUUACCCUCAACAUAUGGUAGCGCGUGCAUCACAAUCUCCGCAAUUGCUACUACUACUCAAACACCACGGCGCUGAUCUGAAUCAAAGAGACAAGUUGUAUCAGUGGACACCGCUUUUCCACGCAGCCAGCGAAGGUUGCGUCGAUUGUUUACGUACACUCCUUGAGCUAGGCGUUGAUGCCGACGUCGUGGACGAAAAAGGUCUUGCCGCAAUGUACUACGCUGCGUGGGAAGGACACUUGGAGUGCAUGCUUCUCCUUUGGUCUCGCCGCACUAAUGCAAAUUCUGCACAGAAGCCACUUGAUAUCCUAAAUGGUCUAAGAUUACAGGAGCAAGGGAUUUCAAUCGAUCAAUACAAUAGGGAGAAAGAGUUAUCCAGUGACAUGGAGAUUGUUGACGGCAUUCCCGAUCUCUCCCUCCCACCACCGAUCAUACCACUAAGACGCUAUGGCCAUAACUUCCUGGACAAGAAAGUGUUUGUUCAAAUCUUAUUCGACCAAGGUGGCUUAAAUUCAAUUUCCUUUGACCAAGCGGGUCGUCACCCCGCUGCUCGGUUGACAAUUUCGUCCAAGCUCUCCGACUUGAUUCCACGCACGAUGAUGCUUCCCAUUCAGGAUGACUCGCGGAUGAUCUCAUUUCAAGUCGACAAUUUGGACACAUUCGCCGUUGACUUUGAAAUAUUCCCUACGUUUGGCUCAAAGGUCAUUGCGAAGAGUGUCGCCCUACCAGUGGUAUUCCGAGCCGAUAAAUCCAGUACAGGGCAAUGCUCUUUGCCCCUUUUUGACCCUAGGUUACGCUCAAUUGGCCAGCUGCGCUUUGGAUUUCAAGUGAUCAAGCCUUAUCACGGAGAUCCUCUAGAGAUCACCCAUUUUGCCACGUAUUGGAAAGCGACUAGUGCUCUCGACUCGGAGCAUAAUGGACUGGUCACGGGAUCUAGUCUGUCGGGAGAUCACGUCCAGCUUUUUGUGCAGCUGACUCGUGAUAGUGUGCCUGUUCUUUAUCCGCAAUUUACCAUAGAUUACCAUGGCAUUGAGAUUCCCAUUUGUCAUCUUACACACGACCAGUUUCGUCUUGUUGGUGCUGAGAGGGGUGCGAAUCGACAAGAAAUGUUGCAGUUUUUAAAGACUCAGGCGGUUGAUGACAUGGCCCAGACCCAUCGUCUUUUGGCUGCAUCAUUCCUCUCCCUACAAGACGUCCUGCAGCAGCUGCCUAUUGACAUCAACAUCAAUCUUUCAGUCCUUUAUCCCUCGCCCACGGAGGAACAGACACUAGGCAUGACUUCUUUGACAGAUGUCAAUAGCUUCGCCGAUGCCAUACUCACAGAUGUUUUCGACCAUGCGCGUGUUGCGCGCGACAAGAACCCUGAUUUUAUGCGCUCCGUGGUCUUCACCUCUUAUAACCCAAAUAUAUGUACCGCCCUCAACUGGAAACAGCCAAAUUACCCUGUACUUCUUUGCAAUGACCUUGGGCAAAUUCGCGACUUGGCUCGUGAUGUUGGCUCAUUACCGCAUGUCGAUAGCAGCGGUCGAGCAUCGAUGUCUAUCAAGGAGUCCGCGCGAAUUGCUCAGAGCAACAACUUCAUGGGGUUGAUAUGCCGGUCGAGUCUUUUGAACGUUGUGCCGGCGCUUGUGGAGACAAUUAAGGAACAAGGUCUUGUUCUUGUGGCUGACACUUCCGACGAAACUGGAGAUCAGGAUCGCCAUGGUGCUCUGUCGGCCGCAAAUUCGAUGGGCGUUGCUGCUGAAUGGGCAUAUCGGAUGCCUGAUGGUGUUAACGGUGUGAUGAAAGCCAAUGGCAUUCUAAGAUUCAACGAUACGAUUGACAUGUGA